CAUUGAUGCCUGAUAGAUGUGAGGUGUCGAGUGUUCUGCCUGGGGCCGCCGGCAUCACAUGCACUUCUCCGCAUUCCGGGAGAUUCAGCUUUCCCCAAGUAGAAGUUCAACAGCAGAUCAUUCAUCCACUCUCGCUUCAACCUCUGCCUCUUUCCAUGCAACGGUCAAACCUAUCUGUUAUAUUUGCCGUUCACUCAGAUGGUGGUGGAAGGUCGCUUUCGACCCGACCUCUGAUCUAGUACCAGCCUCUAUGUAGCCCACGUCGACCACCCAUCUCCACCCACAUCGAGCACAACUAGCACUGCCUCUACCGUCUUCAUGUCCGUCUCUAUAUCCGGUCUACUCACGCUACUAUUGUUGGCCAUUAUCUCAAUACCCCUGGUGAUAACCGCCUGGAUCACAAUCAGCCUCUCGCUGCUGGCUCUAAUAUUCAGGCUACUCAUCGUCUACCUGGAACUAUGCUUCGCCAUCAUCGCCAACUUCUUCGUCAUCCGGACAGCGACUAACAUCUCAUUGUUGAACCUCUCUGCAUCCGAGCCCUCAACACCAGCAGCGAUCACCCCGAAAAGACUCUCCGUAGACCAUGGGGCCACCAAGCCGCUCCCCACAGUGAUAUCCCAGCACCAUAGCCAUCACCUGGCACACUCUCUGUCCCGCGCUCAAAACAAACGUCCCAGCUACGUCACCCGGACCAACAGCGCCUCCACCUCCACCUCCUCCGACCAACAAGGCGGUGGUAGUCCGACUCGCAUCCAGAGAGAAUCCAACGGCCAUGGCCACCCCGGCGCCCACCACCUUCCCUCCCCGGCCCCGGGCCUUCUCAGCCUCAUCAGCGGCGACUCGGGCCGGGACUUCGAAGGACUCGGCGGCUGGCGCUCACCAUCAAGUACCGCCAGGUACGCAGGUCAUCUCUCGGGCACGGCGUCGCCCUCGCCCAACGGCACUAUCAGGGAGGACAGCAACAAUAACAACAACAAUGACUGCGGCGAGGACGACACCGACGGCGACGACGAGCGAGCCUGGCUGUCCAUUAACCAGCGCCUCGAGCUCCCCUCGCAACCACUGACCCUUCGCAGCAACAGCAGCUGUACCUCGGAGCUCUUCGAUCCCUCGUCGUCCCCAAUUUUCUGGCGACAGCGACGCCCAUCGCAAGAGUAUCCGCAUGCCCACCGACAACGCCACCACCACCGCUCCGCAACCACAUCCUCUCUCCAAGCGUCCAAGCCCUCCACCAGCUCCCUAUCCUUAUCUCUAUCCAGCCGACCUGAUCCUGGGUCCACAGAACCCCGCAGUCUCAGGGCUGCUCUCUCCCCAUCAUCCUCGAUCCAGCAGCUACCCCCCACAUUCACGGAGCCAGUUCCCGGAGAUGGGGCGGCUCGCACCCCCAUGACGGUGAUGAACGGGCACUCGUCGGGUGCUUCAGCAGCAUCAGCAGUGGUCGACGGGCCUCCGGGUGGUGGCGGUGGAGGAGGAGGCUACUUCAACGCAAAACCCGUCAGCAGGGCCAGUUCCAGCGCAUCCACCACCCCGAACCUCGAAGGAGGCCAGUCGCCCAGGCCUCCAGGGAAGUCGAUGGUGCAUUACACGACGGGCCUACGCUAUCGCCGCAGAAGUAUAUCCGGACCGAACUCAGGAAUUCAAUUCCUGAGGUCGUAGUGGCACGCGGCUUGAUUUAGUAGUGUGUGUGUGUGCGUGCGCAUGUUUCCACCCACGAUGACUUUCUCCAAAUGGCUGGCGACCCGUGUUUUAUAAAUGCUAUUCAGGCGAUAUCCAUGAAUCUUGAAUCAACAUUUCACAGGUCGGCGGGUAACAUGCACUUCAUGAUGAAACGAGUAUACGAGUUAACGAAUCUUUUUAUGAGUGUUUUCGAUCCGCCAAACAGAAACCAAAUCUGACUUGAAAAGAAA